AUGAAUAGUUGGGAAGAUAGUGAAUUGGAAUAUUCAAGAAACUUGAUUAAUAAACUUCAUGUCCUUCUUAGUCGAUUAGGAGAUCUUCCACAGAAGUUUAUUGAUAAUGUUAGAACAGUUCAAGAUGAUUUUCUUCAAGAAUUUUCUUCAACAACCCAAGUGGUUGUAAAUCUUUGUGCUAAAAUUUUAAUGACUGAUGUAAGAAAAUCACCAGCAAGAGAUCCUCCAUUAAUACUAAAAGAAAAAGGUUCAGAAACUUAUUCAUCUGAUUCAGAAACUAUAAGAAAGAAUAAAAGAAAAGAAAAAAUUGCUGUUGAAAAUGAACAUGAUGAAAAAGUAAACAAAUAUCAAAGAGAAAUUAAUGAAUUAAAAAGUGCUCAAGAAAGUAUGUGGAUUGCUUUACAACUCACUAACAAUAAAUAUACAGAAUUACUUCAUUCAUUUGAUAAAACUCAAAUCCUUUUAUCACAAAAAAAUCAAAUGUUGAAUAUGUGUAAUUCUUUACUCAAAGACAAUCAAAUUUAUCAAACUUAUCUUACUUCAUUUGAUAAUAAACAAAAUCUUAUUGCUAACGAAAAUACUCCUUUUUGUGGAUUACUUACUUCAAAUGAAAUUAUUCAAAUAAAAGAAUGGACUCAAUGUAAAUCAUUCAACCUUCUUUAUCAUGACGUUACUCUCCCCAAAGAACCACUUUAUUCUCAAAAUGGUGUUAUCUCAUUCAUGAGAAAUCAACAUCAAUCAGUAUUUGGGUUCUUUACUAAAGCCUCAAUUCAACCAACUACUCAUUGGCAAUUACUAAAAGAUUGUGAUUUUUGCUUUUCUUUACGUUCUUUAUUCUCAAAAGAACCAUUAAUGUUAUUAUGUAAAAAAGAUGGUAAAGUUAAACAGGUUUCUUCUUCAGAAUAUGUUCCUCCAACAUUGAUAGAAAUGACUAGUUCAUGUGCAAAAGAAUUUAUUUAUCUUUCAUUGAAUUAA